UUCAGUAUAAGGUGUAACUUGAUGUCAACAAAAAUAUUUUUAACAGUCAUAAGGUAAUGAUUAUCUUAAUUCUUGUAUAAAACAGUGCAUUAAUAAAGAUGCAGAUUUCCGAAAAAAAAAAAAUGUAUGUCUGCAAUGCAAAAGUGGUGUUUGCCCUCUGCAAAAGAUUAAGCACAGUGACUGAGCAAAUGACUUAGAAAAGGCACCAGACUUCACCACAUCCUACUAAUUGAUAAAACAGAUAGAAGUAGUAUAAAACGACACACCCAUCAAUAGCAAUAGUCGUUUUACUCUGUGCUGCUUCCCAGUAAUCAUUCCGUAAGUAUUUGUAUAGAUUUGUAUAGUUGUUGUAAAAUUGUUAUGACUAGUGUAGAGAGCCUGUAAAAUGUAACAUGUACACAUUUUAGUGCUCAAGAUUUUUAUUAUUAUUAUUAUUGUUAUAUCCCAUAUGCCAUUAUGACAACAUGACAGUGCAAAGAUUUCCUGUAUUAUGUAUUUGCUGCCAAGUCAUCCAUAUAAUCUUCUCAUAAACUACUGGCAGAUGUGAGUACCAGUCUCAUACAACCAUGGUCAGGGCUAAACAUAAACCAGCCAGGGCCCCCUGGACAGUAUGAAUUGCUUUGCUUAGACCUCAAGUCUUGGUUUUAUCACUGCUGUAGCCUCUAACAGGCACACUGAUAUGCAUCGCACUGCAGCCAGAAUACACUUUAGCAAAGUAAGCACAAGUGCCUUCCUUCCAGAUGGUAAUACUUAGCCUGAAAAUACUAGUACUGAACCUUUUUUCAAUCCACUAUACUGCUAGGGUGAGGCAGAUUGAGAACCAACAUAGAAAUUAUGGAUGUUUACCUAACUGCAAAUAUUGUCAUCUUUAUAAUUUUUCUAUAUUCUGAGAUGAGAUUGGCACGAGCUGAAUACACAGAAAAACUCCUUCUCCUCUCUUUUGAUGGUUUUCGUUGGGACUAUCUGGACAAAGUGGAAACGCCCUUCUUGGACUACAUUGCAGGGUGUGGGGCAAAGGCUCCUUACAUCAAUGGGACUUUUAUUACUAAAACAUUUCCCAGCCACUAUACUAUAGCAACAGGGUUAUAUGAGGAAAGUCAUGGCAUUAUUGGCAACACAAUGUAUGAUCCAAUAUUUGAUGAAGUAUUUUCUAUCAAGGCAAGAACAGGCAAGGAGGGGCGGUGGUGGGGUGGAGAACCAAUAUGGCUGACAGUAAAGAAGCAGCACAAAGUGAGUGGUACUUACUUCUGGCCUGGCAGUGAUGUCAGCAUUCAAAAUGAAAAUGCUAACAUGUGGUUCAACUACAACCAAAACACCCCAUAUGAGGACAGAGUGAACAAAAUGGUGAGCUGGUUUAAAGGAGAAGACAAAAUUCAAGACAAACCAACAUCUUUUAAUUUUGUUGCCAUGUACUACCAUGAACCAGAUUUUAGUGGUCACCAACAUGGUCCAGACUCAGCUGAGGUGGAACAGGCAGUCAAGGAUGUUGACAGGCUUAUAGGAUAUCUUCUAAACAAACUGAGAGCCAAUAAUCUACUGGAAGUGGUUAAUAUCAUAAUUACCAGUGACCAUGGGAUGACUAAGAUGAGUCAAGACAAGAUUAUAACACUUACAGACUAUGUCACCGUCUCUGAUGUUGAGAGAGUGCCAGACCAUGGUCCUAUAUGUAAUAUUCUACCCAACAAAAAAGACCAGGAUGCUAAACAGAGGUUGUAUAAUCAGCUGAAGGAUGCCCACCCUAAUAUGACUGUGUACUUGAAGGAAGACAUUCCAGACAUCUUUCAUUAUAAAAACAAUAGGAGAGUUAUGCCUAUCCUAGCAAUAGCAGAUGAAGGAUGGGUCAUCAGAUGGAACCAGAGUUUCAUGUUCCCAGGCAAUGGUACCCAUGGUUACGACAACAGGUAUAUGUCUAUGAAACCCAUAUUCAUGGCCAUGGGGCCCAACUUCAAAGAAGGAAUUACUGUGAACCCAUUCAAACAAGUGGAUAUCUACCCACUCAUGUGUCAGUUGCUGAAUGUACAGCCUGCAGCCAAUAAUGGCUCUCUGGCAAGUGUUUCCAGCAUGCUUAGAAACACUCCAAGUGAAGUGCACUGGCCACCUUUGCCAAAAUCUGAAGAAACUACAGCUCAACCAGACAAUGACGGUAGUUCAGAAGUAAAUCAACCACUAACUAGAACAUCCAGUCCCAUUGAAGUUGAACAGCCACCUUUGCCAAAAUCUGAAGAAACUACAGCUCAACCAGACAUUGACAUUAGUUCAAAAGUAAAUCAACCACUACCUAGAACAUCCAGUCCCAUUGAAGUUGAGCAGCCAAUUUCUACUACCCCAAUGUCAAGCCAAGCACACACUCAUGGACUACAUCUUGUGGACAUACUGUUAAAAUUUAUGUGCUCUUUUUCUAUUACUUUGUUGAUAUAGUCAGAAGUCAUAGUGCCCAAAUCAAAUGUUUCUUUAGUAAGCUAUUGAACUGUAAGCAAACAUUAUCUGUUUGGCAAUGAAUGUUAUCUUAACAGUGUAAAGGACCUUCAUUGUUUCGAUUUUUUCAGAGUCUGUGCAAGGCAAUUUUACCCUUUGUAAUUAUGAUAUUUCUACCUUUUUGAUAUUUCUACCUGAAAAAUGAUAUUUUAAAUGACCUGAAAUGCAGAGAAAUCUCUCAACAUUAAGGUUUACUAUACUGGAUUUUCAAACCAAAUCACUUUAAAAAGCUCAGUUCUAAAUGAAACAUGAUUCAUUUAGACUGCCACGUCUUCCUGAUAUUUUAGAAAGAAAUAUUAAAACACAUAUUCAUGACCAUAAAGUACAUCAGGUAUUUUAGUUUGAGGGGUUUUACUGUUUCUAAGGUCAGAAUUGGAAAAGGUAAGUUGCUUUGCAAUGUAUUUUUCACAUUCUGAAAUGCAUAUAGUAUACCUUUCAGGCCCGUAGCUAGCAAUUUCAAACGGGAGUUCUUUUUCUGAAAAAGUGGACCUUUUACCA